AUGAGUUUGGUUCACACGUUUGAGCUGCUAUCGCAGUUGCGCCAGAGUUUGGAGAGUUUGCAACAGUCUAAGCGGCUGGUUUUUGUUUUGAUAGGCGCGCCCGGGUGUGGAAAGGGCACACACGCGCAGUGGCUGUCGAAAGAGUUCAACAUGCUGCACUUGUCGACCGGCGAGGCGCUGCGGCAGGAAAUUGCGAAGGGCACGCCGCUCGGCGUGCGGCUGAAGGCUAGCAUGGAGGCCGGCCAGCUAGUCAGCGAAGAGGCGAUCUGCAACAUCGUGUCAAACUUCAUCGAGCAGAACCGCGGCCCGCAGGGGUACAUAUUCGACGGGUUCCCGCGAAGCAUCAGGCAGGCGGAAACGCUCGAGAAGGCGUUGGCGAAGCACGGCGAACGCGUCAGCGCGGUGCUGUUCUUCAGCGCGAACGACCAGACAAUCAUGAGCCGCCUCUCGGGCCGCCGCAUCCACUUGCCGAGCGGACGGACCUACCACGUGACCGGAAAACCGCCGAAGGUGCCCGGCAAGGACGACGUCACGGGCGAAGACCUGGUGCAGCGUUCGGACGACUGCGCGGAGGCGAUCAAGCAGCGGCUGGAAACGUACAAGCGCGAGACGCAGCCGCUGAUCAAUUUCUACCGCGAACGAAAACUGCUGUUGACGUUGAACGGCAACGAAGAGUAUCCAACCGUGCACCGCGACAUCAAGGAGCUGUACGCUCUGGCGAAAACGAUGCAGCGCGUGGAACAUCCAGACAACUAG